AUGUCGUCGAAUAAUAGGAAAAAACUGCUUUUGAUGGGCCGGUCCGGCUCCGGUAAGUCGUCAAUGAGGUCAAUCAUCUUUAGCAACUACUCUGCCUUUGAUACAAGAAGAUUGGGUGCCACCAUUGAUGUAGAACACUCGCAUCUGAGGUUUCUCGGCAACAUGACUCUAAACCUAUGGGAUUGCGGUGGUCAGGACGUGUUCAUGGAAAACUACUUCACCAAGCAGAAAGACCAUAUUUUCCAGAUGGUGCAGGUGCUAAUCCAUGUGUUUGAUGUGGAGUCCACCGAGGUGCUCAAAGAUAUUGAGAUAUUUGCAAAAGCUCUGAAGCAGCUGAGGAAGUACUCUCCAGACGCCAAAAUUUUCGUGCUUUUGCAUAAGAUGGAUUUGGUCCAGUUGGAUAAAAGGGAGGAGCUGUUCCAGAUUAUGAUGAAGAACCUGAGUGAGACCUCCUCGGAAUUCGGAUUUCCCAAUCUGGUGGGUUUUCCGACGUCAAUCUGGGAUGAGAGUCUAUACAAGGCGUGGUCACAGAUUGUGUGUUCGCUGAUACCUAAUAUGUCGAACCAUCAGACUAAUCUGAAGAAAUUCAAAGAAAUUAUGAACGCGCUGGAAAUCAUUCUUUUCGAGAGAACGACUUUCCUAGUGAUUUGUUCCAGCAAUGGCGAGGAUAGCAACGAUGGUCACGGUGGUUCGAACGAUAAUAAUGUUUUACUCGAUCCGAAGAGGUUCGAAAAAAUCUCCAACAUAAUGAAGAAUUUCAAGCAAAGCUGUACGAAAUUGAAGAGCGGGUUCAAGACCCUGAUACUGAAUAACAACAUCUACGUCAGCGAGCUGUCAUCCAAUAUGGUCUGCUUCAUAGUGUUGAAGGAUAUGAACAUCCCGCAGGAACUGGUACUCGAAAACAUUAAGAAGGCCAAGGAAUUUUUCCAAUGA